GAGCUGGCGGGCGGCCGGGUGGCGGCGGCGGCAUGGCGGAGCCGAGCGGGUCGGAGGCGAGGCCCCCCAUCCGAGUCACCGUCAAGACCCCCAAGGACAAGGAGGAGAUCGUCAUCUGCGACCGGGCGUCGGUCAAGGAGUUCAAAGAGGAAAUCUCCAGGAGAUUUAAGGCUCAGCAGGAUCAGCUGGUCCUGAUCUUCGCAGGCAAGAUCCUCAAGGAUGGGGACACCCUGAGCCAGCACGGGAUCAAGGAUGGACUCACUGUCCAUCUGGUCAUCAAGACGCCUCAGAAGGCUCAAGAUCCAGCUGCGGUCACUGCUUCACCCCCCUCCACUCCAGAUCCCUCCUCAGCACCCGGCACCAUGCCUGCGUCUCCUGCCACCCCCACCCAGCCCUCCACCUCUGGAGGCACCACCUCAGAUGCUGGCAGUGGAAGCCGACGAAGCAGUGGGGGGGGACCUUCCCCUGGGGGUGGAGACGGCCCCCCCAGCAUUACCGCAUCCAUUCUCUCUGGCUUCGGGGGUAUCCUGGGCCUGGGCAGCCUGGGACUAGGCUCUGCCAACUUCAUGGAGCUGCAGCAGCAGAUGCAGAGACAGCUGAUGUCCAACCCCGAGAUGCUCUCACAGAUCAUGGAGAACCCCUUGGUUCAGGACAUGAUGUCCAAUCCGGACUUGAUGCGCCACAUGAUCAUGGCCAACCCCCAGAUGCAACAGCUGAUGGAGCGCAACCCCGAGAUUAGCCACAUGCUCAACAACCCCGAACUCAUGAGGCAGACGAUGGAGCUUGCCCGGAACCCAGCCAUGAUGCAGGAGAUGAUGCGGAACCAGGACCGGGCCCUAAGCAACCUGGAGAGCAUCCCUGGGGGGUACAAUGCCCUGCGCCGCAUGUACACAGACAUCCAGGAGCCCAUGUUCAGUGCUGCUCGGGAGCAGUUUGGCAGCAAUCCCUUCUCCUCCCUGGCCGGGAACUCCGACAACUCCUCGUCCCAGCCUCUGCGGACUGAGAACCGAGAACCCCUCCCGAACCCCUGGAGCCCCUCGCCCCCUUCCUCCCAGGCUCCCGGGGCCGGCGGGGAGGGCAAUGGAGGAUCGGGGACCAGCCAGGUGCACCCAACCGUCUCGAACCCCUUUGGGAUCAAUGCUGCUAGCCUGGGGUCAGGGAUGUUCAACAGCCCCGAGAUGCAGGCCCUGCUCCAGCAGAUCUCUGAGAAUCCUCAGCUGAUGCAGAACGUGAUCUCUGCACCCUACAUGCGCAGCAUGAUGCAGGCGCUUGCCCAGAACCCCGACUUUGCUGCUCAGAUGAUGGUCAAUGUGCCGCUGUUCGCAGGGAAUCCCCAGCUGCAGGAACAGCUCCGCCUGCAGCUCCCUGUUUUCCUGCAACAGAUGCAGAAUCCAGAGUCUCUCUCCAUCCUCACCAACCCGCGUGCCAUGCAGGCACUGCUGCAAAUCCAGCAGGGACUGCAAACCCUGCAGACAGAGGCCCCAGGGCUAGUGCCUAGCCUUGGCUCCUUUGGAAUGUCCCGUACCCCAGCACCUUCUGCAGGUGGCAACCCCGGAGCCCCACCUGAGGUCCCCACCUCCUCACCAACCCCAUCAACCACACCCUCCCCAACUGGGGCCCAGCGGCAGCUCAUGCAGCAGAUGAUCCAGCUUCUUGCUGGAAGUGGAAACUCACAGGUGCAGACGCCAGAAGUGAGGUUCCAGCAACAGCUGGAGCAGCUCAACUCCAUGGGCUUCAUCAACCGGGAGGCCAACCUGCAGGCCCUGAUCGCCACCGGAGGGGAUAUUAACGCGGCCAUUGAGAGACUCCUGGGCUCACAGCUCUCCUAAGUUCUGGGCCAGUGCCUGCACCUCCCUUCCCCCGGACACCAGUGUUUGGUUCCUCUGCCAGUCCCCACCUGCUGCUUGUCACCCUCUAUCUCCUCCCUUGUCCUCUUCAAUGGCUGGGUGACCUCGGAGGGUGGGCCCCUGCACCACAGCACAGCCCGAGAUCAUUGAGCUGGGGGUUGACCUCUGUAUGUGCAGCAGCAUCUUUCCUGCUCCUGCUUCACAGAGCGUCUCCCACGGCUUCUGUGGUUUGUCCAUAGUGCCAGCUCUCCAGAUUCUGAAAGAGGCUCUUCAUCUGCCGCCACUAGGGGUUCACUCUCCUAGUUACUUCUGGAAAUUUCCCGGUUUCCCACCCCCGCCCCCAGGCCCUCCCAGCUGUAACCUAAGGGAGGUGAGAAUUUCCUGGUGGGGUUUCACCCACCAGCUGCUGGAAUAACCUGGUCCAGCACUUUCUCAGGGGGUCUCUCUGGACUUCCGGUGGUGGGGGAGAAGAUGCCUGGCUCCUUGAGUCUCUAUAGGUGAUCUCUAGAGGCCAGGGAUAGUCUGUCUGGACAAGCCCUGGCCCAGCCACAGGGAGAUGGAGCAAAAGAGAAGAAAUAGAGAUUUUUCUGGAUAUAGAAGAAAAGGAGCAAAAGUCUGUGUGGUUGUUGACAGUUGGGGGGUCAGACACUCUGUCCCUCUUGGCAUGUCCUGCAGAGAAUUACGGAUGCUAAUGAACGGGUGAUGAUGACAGUUAAGAGGGCUCCUGCAGGGCCAUUCUGGCUCCAUUUCCCCAACCGCACAUACUCAAGUGCACUCAUGCAUAUUUGCAUGAGCACAGGACCUGCCCAAAUACCCUGGGUACUCGGUAUCUGUGCUCCCUCCAGGCCCCCCAAAACACAAGAUGGGAGUCGAGGCUGUUGGAGGUUAGGGCAUGAAUGCACCUCCCUGCAUGGGUGCUGAGUUGAAAUGGAAGGGCCAUCGAGCUGUUGGAGCUAUGAACGGCACCCACUCAUGACCUGGAGAGGAUGAGUCUUUGCCCUUGAGCCCCUGGCUCUUCACACUCACAGCCUCUGCUUUUGGAGUCAACAGUUAACUUCUAGGCCAGAACCUUCUCUCUGUGGGAGGAAGAGUUGGCAGGGGAGCCUUUGACCAACACUGGCAUGUGUGUGCUCUGUCGGAGUUCAUGGAGGCCCCUGUUACUGCUGCCACUCAGUCCACCUGUGAAGGAGCCACUGCUGAGCAAUCCAAACUGGAUGUCCCAGGCACUCCCAUCCCCACCCCACACCGGCCUUUGUAAAUAAAUGGUGUGGUCUUUGUUGUGAGGGUAUCUAUCUGGUGUUGGUUUUCUGGGUAGAGGAAACUCAGAAGACAACCACUUGGUUUUAAAGGACAGACAAUUCUGGGAAAAUUGUAAAGUUGAGUUCAAUCAA